AUGGACAUUUCCGUCGGCUUCAUAGGCGGAGGAAACAUGGGCAAAGCCUUAGGCCUCGGUAUGUUGAAAAAGAACCUGAUAACACCGCAAAAGGUCUCCGUUUCUGGUCCUCAUAUAAACAACCUCAUGCCCUGGACGGCUGCAGGGGUAACAAAUUUAUCAGAAAACAACUACGAUAUAGUUUGUAACAGCCAAGUGAUAUUUAUCUGCGUGAAACCACACAUUUUCGAAUCCAUGGCCAAUGGUAUAAAAGAAGCUUACAACGAGUAUCCGAUUGAUAUGAGGAAUAAAAUCUGGGUUUCGAUUAUGGCAGGGGUGACGAUGGCUACUUUGAAGGAACGUCUUGGGUUUUAUGAUGGUGCCAAGAUUAUAAGAACUAUGCCGAAUACACCAGUUGAUGUUGGAUGUGGUGCUGUUGUCUAUGCACCAGGACCUAAUGUCACCAAGGACGAGGUGCAGAUUAUAAAGACUUUGCUGGAGGCCAUCAGUAUUUGUGCAGAAGUUCCUGAGAGUAUGAUUAAUUCUGUUGGGGCUUUGUCAGGGAGCGGACCUGCGUACAUAUUUCAGGUGAUAGAAGCCCUAGCAGAUGGCGGAGUAAAAAUGGGAAUCCCAAGAGAGUUGGCCAAUCAAUUUUCAGCCCAAACAGUCCUUGGGGCUGCACAAAUGGUGCUGAAGACUGGAAAACAUCCUGGUCUUCUGAAGGACGAAGUCUGUUCACCAGGUGGGUCCACAAUUGCAGGUGUACACGAGUUGGAAAAAAGAGGAGUCAGAAAUGCCUUCAUGAAUGCAGUACAGGCUGCUAAGAUGAGGAAUGAUGAACUGGGAAAAAAUAAUUAA